AACCCUGGGCUGUACAGGGAGCGACCAUGGUGCUUCGUCUCAGACGUGAACACGAAAUGGGAGUACUGUGACAUCCCCUUCUGCCAAGACCUCGGUUCGUCCAGUCUCAUCCCGCUCUACAAUAUCAACAAAUUGCAUUUCUGUUAUCAUCCACCAGAAUGCAAACUGACAUGGCAUGGAACGGAGUACGUGGGGAAGCUGAACGUGACGAUGUGGGGGUUUCCCUGUCUACCAUGGCUCAUGCGCAUGAAUGAGGAUGGAGGACGCAUAUUACACGAUGAAUUGGAUGGAGGACACGCAUUUUGUCGAAACGAUGUCUUCUCUGCAGCCCCACUAGAAUGCAAGACAGACGUGAAGGGGGUGUCAUACAUAGGCACGAAAAAUGUGACCAGAAAAGGACACAAGUGCGCGGCUUGGAUUAUUGGUUUGAUGGACCAAGAAGAAUAUGUAUAUUCGGACUAUAUGGAAAAUGACAUGAACAGCAAUUUCCAAAAGAGGUUAAAGGACGAUUUGUACCCAACUCACAACUUCUGCCGGAACUGGAACGAUGACGAGGAGGGUCCUUGGUGUUACAAGAGAGACGAGAAGGGUAGGGAUUAUUGCGAUAUCCCCAUAUGUACCGAAAAUGUUUCAGAGAAC